CCAGAGCAGGGGUUGCCUCCCCUCACCCCGGCCCAGGAUGCCCAGGCCCCACGACACCUCCCACUUCCCACUGUGGCCUGGGUGGGCUCUGGGGUUGCCCUUGACCUGGCCUAGGGCCCUCCCCCAGCUGGUGGUGGAGCUGGCACUCUCUGGGAGGGAGGGGGCCGGGAGGGAAUGAGUGGGAAUGGCAAGAAGCCAGGGUUUGGUGGGAUCAGGUUGAGGCAGGUUUGGUUUCCUUAAAAUGCCAAGUUGGGGGCCAGUGGGGCCCGCAUAUAAAUCCUCACCCUGGGAGCCUGGCUGCCUUGCUCUCCUUCCUGGGUCUGUCUCUGCCACCUGGUCUGCCACAGAUCCACGAUGUGCAGUUCCCUGGAGCAGGCGCUGGCUGUGCUGGUUACUACCUUCCACAAGUACUCCUGCCAAGAGGGCGACAAGUUCAAGCUGAGUAAGGGGGAGAUGAAGGAACUUCUGCACAAGGAGCUGCCCAGCUUUGUGGGGGAGAAAGUGGAUGAGGAGGGGCUGAAGAAGCUGAUGGGCAACCUGGAUGAGAACAGUGACCAGCAGGUGGACUUCCAGGAGUAUGCUGUUUUCCUGGCCCUCAUCACGGUCAUGUGCAAUGACUUCUUCCAGGGCUGCCCAGACCGACCCUGAAGCAGAACUCUUGACUCCCUGCCAUGGAUCUCUUGGGCCCAGGACUCUCGAUGCCUUUGAGUUUUGUAUUCAAUAAACUUUUUUUGUCUGUUGAUAAUA